AUGUCGACAACGGCGAUCGCUGUGCAGGUAGCCAGGAUCUCAGCUGCUUCAAGUUCAAAUUCCAGUUACCUCUUAGCGCCGACCGGGGACGAGGCAGUGCAGGGCGUAGAUAACGGAACCGCCAACGGCCUCAAGCUCCCCAAGGCGCAUGCUCAAUUCGAACAACUCUGGUCUCAGACACUCAGCGACUACACCAAAAAAACAGAUAUCGACCUAUCGAAUCACCCGUUAGCCGAUGUCCUGAGCGGGCUACAAUCUCCCGAAGACAUCUGCGACAUUUUCCAGGCCAGAAUAAAGCGCUUUCGGCACGAUGAUUCGAGAUGGGGCAGGUUACGCAACUACUAUGUGAAGCCGAUAGUCGACGCCUUACUCAUCAUCAAUGAUACCUUGGGUGACGCUGCCGGCGCUUCUGCUGUUAUUCCAGGUGGAAAGGUUAUCUUCGUCGCAUUUGGAGCCUUGCUCGCCGCUACCAAAGGUGUAUCAAAUCGAUAUGAUGCGUUAGUAUCGCUUCUUCAGGAAGUCGAGUUCUCCAUCCGAUCGAUACACCUUCGCACCUCAAAUACGACUAGCUUGGGCGACCUAUCUAUGAGCAUCGCGUCUCUUAUCUUGGCACACGUCCUCGACGUAUUUGCUCUAGCCACAAAAUUCUUCUCGACUACGGAUCGCUCAUGCGCACGUUUAUUUCAUUACGGCCAGAGCCUUGCCAAUAGGACCGACAUGCAGGAGGCACUGAAGCGUUUGCGCGUUCUGACGGAGCUCGAAAGCCGCGCGAUCCUAUCGGAGACACGCGUUGACGCCGACAUCUGCCGCAAUAUCGCUGUUGAUCUCCGGGAGAAACUGAGUAUGAUGGUGUCAACGCACGAACGCGAUUCAAUGUCCUUGGCGAUUGUAGAUCGUGUUGUCAAUAGUAUAUCCCAAAGGCUCACGGCGAUUCAAAAUGAGCUUCGCCAGGUACUGACUGCACAAGAAGAGGCGAAUAUCUCUGUGCUAUUAGGAAGACUGGACCGCGUAGAUCAUGCCGAUCUCGAUGCUCAAAGACGUAUGGGCUGCCUGCAAGGUACUCGUGUCGACGUUCUUCAAUCUCUUCGCGUCUGGAGCCAGACAACCUCGUCACCUUGUAUAUAUUGGCUCAACGGGAUGGCCGGUACGGGGAAGUCUACAAUUGCCCGUUCGUUUGCUCGACAACUUCAGAAAGCCGGCGCUCUCGGCGGUAGCUACUUUUGCUCUCGAGAGAGUCUUGCAGCACUUUCUGAUACACAGCGCAUCAUACCUACGCUUGCGGGCGCCUUGGCCGGGUUCGAUGUCCAGUACGAGGUCGCACUAUUAUCCGUCUUGAAACAAUACUCUUUCGGAGCGCGCCCAAGUUCGUGGACUUUGAAGUUGCAGGUCGAACGGCUGUUCGUCGAACCCUUCACACGUUUCAUGCGCAGGAUGACUACGUCUCCUACUCCUGUCCUGGUCAUAGAUGCUUUGGACGAAGCUGAAGAUGCCACUGUUGGCGAUCUACUGGAUGCCCUCGUCUCGGUCGCGCGGAAACUGCCCGUCAAAUUCUUCUUGACUUCUCGCCCCGAAAAGCAUAUCCGGAGACGUUUCGACUCACGCGUUCUGUACGACACCUUGAAGCUUCACAAUAUAGAAGCGAUGGUUGUCAAGGCUGACAUUCGCCGCUAUAUCAAGUACCGCUUUCGUGAGAUACUCGAGCGGUUCAAAGGAUACACUACCUUUCCCAAACAUUGGCCGUCUGAUUCCGACACCGAAUCUCUGGUCUCACUAUCGGGAUCGUUGUUCAUAUAUGCAUUUACGACCACCGAGUAUGUUGGGGGAAAGAAUCCUGUGAAGCGGCUGGAAGAUGUGCUACAUGUGGGACACCAGUCUCUGUCCACCGUCAAUCCGCUUAACGAUCUCGACCGCAUUUAUCAAUUUAUUCUUUCCUCUGCUACAUCGCAUGGAACACGAGAUGAAUUGAACUUAACCAGGCGCAUUCUGUCCGCGAUAUUGGCUUCCCGAGAAUCAUUGGAUAUGAUAACCUUGGCCUGGUUUCUCAAGCUCGAAGUAUAUGAGAUCAGAACUGCACUUGACGAGCUACAUGCAGUCAUCAACAUCCCUAGAGAUGAUGAUGGCGAGGCUCUUUCGACGCUUCAUGCGUCUUUCGGAGACUAUCUCACAGACUCAAACCGUGCGCAUAAGGAUAUGCAUAUCUCUGUUGAAGAUGGCCACAAUGACCUUGCAUCUGCAUGCUUCACAGCGAUGUUGUCAGACGAUCUACACUUCUCUAUAUCCGGUGCGCUCACAUCGUACCUGCCAAACUCUGAACAAAACCUCAAUGUUAUACCCUCCCAUAUCGCGCAUGCCUGCGGCCAUUGGACCGAGCAUGUUCUAGGCAUCCGGAGUCCAUCUAAGUCCAUAAUUGACAAGAUGGAAGAGUUCUUCCUGUCAAAGCUACUGUUCUGGCUUGAGUGCUGUAGUGCUCUUGCUACUCCCUCUGGAUCCAUCGAGCCAAUUGUCGCUGGUUAG